CUGGACACAGACAGUCUUUAUAAGACACGCCUUAAAGGGAGGGUAACUUGCUUUCUGCGAUACGUGUUUUAGAUGAGUUAAACGCAUAUACUGGCUUGACGAAAUCCUGGGAGCGAAAUAUAAGCAAUUAGUUAUUAAGACAAAAAUGAGGUAUUUCAUAUUUUGUUCACUUUUUUUCAUUGUCUUUGCGGAGAAAGGGCCGAGGCUCAAAUUCGUCGUCCAUGAGUCUGCAGCGUUCCAGUUCACACGGCCACAGCUGUAUAGCACUGUCCGGCUACUGGAGGGAGAGGAUGUCUUGUAUGUUGGCGGACAGGCAACACUGUACAUGUUGAAAUUUACAGGCGGUGCGGUUAGACAUGCAGAGAUUCCAAUUUCGUCAGAAGAAAAGGUGAAGGAAGCAUGCCUUUCGGAAACACCCCAGUCAAAGGAAUGCGAUAAUUUCAUCACCGUCGUUGAGAAAAUUGAUGGCUACGUUAUGGUUUGCGGAACAAAUGCUGGACAUCCAAAAUGCUGGAUGCUGGUGAAUGGGACUGCGGUGGCCAACAGUACAGUCAAUGGAGUUGACAUUACAGCCGCAGAUGUUGCUUCACGUAUUCCCUCUCAGCCGUCCGUCAGCUUGACUGCAGAUGGCAAUUUCUACUCAGCAAUAACAGCAGAAGGACACCAGCCUGGUUUUAUACGCCGCACCUUUGGUCCUCGCAGGCUCAUAACGACUGAAAACAAGUGGCUUCAGAAUCCCCGGUUUGUGGGUGCAGCAGUGAUUCCAGGAUCUGUGAAGCACAAGGAGGAGAUCUACUUCUUCUUCAGUGAGAUCAACAAGACCGCCAACGUUGACAAGGAGCCCUACAGGGCUUGUAUUGGACGAGUCUGCAUGAUCGAUGAGGGUGGCAUCAAGGGGACUCUGGAGAAUUCCUGGACCACUUUCCUGAAGGCACGCCUGAUGUGCGGCUCGGCCAGCAGACACCAGCAGUUCAACAACCUGAAGCAGGCGUUCGUGUUGACCGCCCGUGAAAAGAGGACCGGUGUGAUGUACGGGCUCUUUGCCAACGCCUGGGACGUCACUGUGGUGUGUGCCUACUCUGUGGAGGACAUCGACCUUGCAUUCUCUACCUCCAGACUGAAAGGGUACCGGGGAAUCCUGGCAGGCUACCGACCAGGGAUGUGCACUUUUAAGAAUGUAACGACGUCCCUGAAUGCCAAGACCCUGGGAGUGAUACGGGACCAUCCGGAGAUUGAGGAUGUGAUCUGGCCAAUUGGACUGGCACCUUUGGACCUGCCCACCGGCGACCGCUUCACCAAGAUCGUCGCCGACACAGUCCUGGCUGUCAAUGAGGAGCAUUACAGCGUGGUGUACCUGGGCACAGAGAGCGGUAAAGUGCUGAAGGUCCUUCACACCAUCGAGGAAGCUUUCAUCAUCUCACAGUACUCAGCUUUCCGUUCUGAGGGUCCAGUCACAGCCGUGGCCAUCGACUCUGAGAGGGGGUAUCUGUAUGUGAGCUCACCCACAGAAGUCCAGCGCAUUCCAUUGGCUGACUGUGGUCGCUACGGAGACGGUUGCCGGGGAUGCAUCCUUUCGCGUGACCCUUAUUGUGGGUGGGAUGUUGGCAAAAGGAUGUGUGUGGUGAUACCAAAGGAAUACAACAUCAGCACGGGCAUGAUUGUCCAGAGCCUUGACCAGUCCAGUGCGUCGGAGUGUGGAGAAUCAGCUGCAGGGUUUGCAGGCCUGAGGGCUCAUAGCACUUCCCCCAAGGAGGUGGAGGUGGAUGUGGACGGGCCAGUGCUGCUGCCAUGUCCUGUGUACUCCUUCCAUGCCUCCUACCUUUGGGAGAAGGACCACUGCACCCACCGUUACCCGUGCUCCAUCUUGGGGGAUUCCUGUGUUCUGUCGCCCAUGUCACUUUUGCCCUUCACCGAUGGAAUCUUUCGUUGCAUGGCCCUGGAGGACAGCCAUAAGGUGGAGGUGGUCUCCUACAAGGUGAUCAUCAACAAGGGACCUGUUUCGGCUUCUGUCACCUGGUUGCUUCGAUACUCUCUCUUCCUGUUCACCACCCCAUUCUGGUUUAUCUAGCCACUGUUCUUUCUCAGCGUUUUUAUAUUCUCAUAAACAGACAAAUAACGUCGACACCUAGUUUGAAAAGCAUUUAGCAUCACCAUGGAUGUAUAUCACUGUCAAAUUUACAUUUCCUUUGGAAACUAUAUAUUUAUGGGUCACAAAAAUCAGUAUAACUCUAUUGCUUUUUGACUGUGUUGAACUGCUGUAUUUGGUUCUCUGUAAUGUAGUCUAACUCGUGUGCCCCAUCAAUCAUCUGCUGAAAUUCCUUAGUAUUUAAAUAACGAUACCAAAUCAGAAAAAAAUAUCAAUUCAUAUUAAACAGAAAUUAUUUUUACUGUAUACUUUAAUUAUGUGAGAGACUAUCAACUGAUCUACCUUCUGCGAAGCACAGGAACCACCUGGACACUUAGGGUUAAAGAUAGAGGUUCCAGGAACCUCUGAGGCGUCGUUCCUGUGGUGAAGACUCUACAUGUUUUCAUUUGAAAUUGUUAUCUCACUGUUUUGAAUUUAAGUAUAGUCACCCAUUCUCAGGCAUAGUAUUAGAACUCAAGUGUACAACGUAAGGGAAUGAUUGAGGUCAUUCUUAGAGAAAUUUUGGUAUUUACAAAUGUGGGGUGUUGCUGUAGUCUUUCAACUGUGCUGUACGCUUUACAAAUCUAGCAUUUACUUUUAGUCUUUAGUUUUUUAUCUUGUAAUAAUUUGUGGGUUUUUUUUUUUUUUUUUUUUGCUUUUUGCCAGUAUUUCAUGGUGAACAAUGUCGUCAAGUUGCUUUUAUACCAAUUUUACAAGUUGACUGUGUUACUUUGAACAGAUAACAGAUGUUUAGCCAAUAUCUAAUACUGUAACACUGUCAUAACAACUACCCUAUUACCCUAUUACCAUAUGUAAAUAUGUAUGACAGUCUUGUCGUAUAAAUGUAAAAAGCCUUAACAUUAUGUAACUACUGUAUCUUACAGUAUUAAGUGAUGCUGUAACCUUGGUGUAAAUGAGCUUAAUAUAGAACAUGGGGCCAGAUUCACACGUCUGACAACAGACAAGCUACUACUGUAUGAUAAUCCGAAGUGGUUAUCGGGAAAUCCAUUUGCUAUAUCCGUGAAGCAAUCAGAAAAACGAUACUGGGGGAUCGUUUAUUUAUAACCUCAAUUAAUCCUUGAAGUGUUGAAAGCCAGAUAAAGCCACAUAGUUAAAUGUAACCAUAGAGCAUUUUACUUUCCUUCUGGUAAAUGACUUCAGGAUUAAAUGUUUUUUUAUCACCGCCUAAUUAAUUUGUAGGCCUAAUAGCAUUUAUUAUUUGGAAAAUGUUUCAAGCUUUAAAAUGUUUCAAGCUUCGACGAUAUCGGUGCUAAAAAUUCCUUUUAUAUUUUACUUUGAACUCUGUUUUGUAGAGGCAGUAAGCAUACGAGGGCGGCUAUGAGAUUUCUACUCCUACCUAAUGAAAAAGCCUUUGUAUAAAUCAGUAGAAUUUCAUUGAACGGUCUUCAGAAACAGCAGAAUUUAUGCAUAAAUCUGAACGGCUAGUAUGGGAAAUUCUUCUGUAAUAUUUUAAAAUUAGCUUUUAUUAUAUGUGUAGCUUAAUCGUGUGGUGUGCAGAGAUGUGGAAUAUGGAGGUUGAGAUGGGACAUAAUAGUAAUUUGAUAAAUGUGCUACAGCCAUUUGCAAGUGUUUUGUGUGUCUGGUACGUCUAACCUUCCAUCCUUUCUUGCUGGUUGAUACCUCUUACUGGGUUAGCUGUCAGGAAAAUCCCUGUCUGGGUAGGUUUGGUUUCUGUUUUUAUAAUACACUAUUUGAGUGCUAUAGUGCAGUAGUUGGCAUUGUCGGCUCACACCUCUGGGACCAGCAUUCAAGUCUCCAUCCUGAGGUUUGCCAUGGUUCAUCAUGGGGUUUCCUCCAGGUACUCUGGUUUCCCCCCACAGUCCAAAAACAUGCUA